CCAUGCAGCAGCCAAGGCUCCUUCCUUCUCCUGAGAGGCCCUGGGUGCAUUGGUGUGGUUCCCAGUAACAGCUGGGUUGAGGCUGUCUCAGAGAUGUGGGGGAGGCAGAUCCUGCAGCCUUUGGAACUGCAGGUUGGCACAACUGCAGGUUGGCACAACUGCAGGCAGCAGAUGGGCUAUGAAUGAGACAGACACCUGCUUGGUGGUGAACAGAGCCCUGGAGAAGUAUUACCUUACCACCACCUACAGCCUUGAGUUCAUCAUAGGCUUCGUUGGCAAUGCCAUCGCCGUCUUUGGCUACACUUUCUGCCUGAAGUCCUGGAAGAGUACCAACAUCUACCUGUUCAACUUAUCACUGUCAGAUUUGCUGUUCCUCUGCACUCUCCCUGUAAUUGUAAACAGCUACUCCAAAGAUGAGUGGGGCAAGGAGAGUGGCUUGUGCCACAGCAACAGGUUCCUGCUGCAUGCCAACCUGUACAGCAGCAUCCUCUUCCUCACCGUCAUCAGCAUCGACCGCUACAUGCUGGUGAAGUACCCUUUCAGGGUCCAUUUCCUGCAGAAGAGGAAGGCAGCCCUUAUCAUCUCAGUUGCUGUGUGGAUUGGGGUGAUCCUGGAGCUGCUGCCCUUGUUGUAUUUCCUGGAGCCUCUAACAUCUGACAAUAAUUACAGGUGCCUUGAUUAUGCCAGCUCUGGAGACCCUAGGGAGAGCCUCAUCUACAGCAUCCUCCUGACUGUCUCUGGGUUCCUCAUCCCUCUGCUGAUCAUGUGCUGCUUCUGUGUGAAGAUGGUUCUCUUCCUUAAAGCCAAAAACGAGCAGCUCAGCUCCCUUCUGACCCUCGAGAAGCCUCUUACCUUGGUGGUCCUCACCAUGGUGAUCUCCUCACUGCUCUUCACUCCCUACCACAUCAUGCGCAACAUCCGCAUCGCCUCCCGGAUCUCCUCCUUGGAAGUGUCCCGGCGCAAGCAGGGCAUCAUCAACACUGCUUACAUCAUCACCAGACCCAUUGCCUUCAUGAACAGUGCCAUCAACCCUCUCUUUUACUUCUUGAUGGGUGACCACUUCAGAGAGAUGCUGGUGGCAAAACUGAGGCAGCUGCUGCGUAGGUUGGCAACCGCUGGCAAGUGAGCGGCAAGGAAGAGCUCUGGUAGCAGGAGGUGGGGGCAGGGAGGUCUCCUGGGGAGUGGUCGCCAAUGUACAGUGCUGCUUACUGGAUAACUUUAUGCUGUCGAAGAUUGUGGUCCUCUGAAUGCACCUUCUGCAAAGAUAAUUGCAAGGCAGGGUGGGGAUGGUGUCCCAGCUGA